UCAAAUGUAAAUGUUCAAAUCUGGCCAAUCGGUUGAUGGCAGGGAGGAGUUGGGGAAGUACAUCUAGUUAAGUUAGUUCGGCCUCGCAGGCAGUGACAAAACAGCCAAGCUUUUGUCCUCAUUCACUCGUUUACAACUUGUCUUGCUGAGAACAGUUCUAGAUCAAUCGCAGCCAUGGGAAAGGACCCAAAUAAGCCAAGAGGAAAGACAUCCUCCUAUGCUUUCUUUGUUGCGACCUGCCGUGAAGAACACAAAAAGAAACACCCAGGGACCAGUGUAGGCUUUGCCGAGUUUUCCAAGAAAUGCUCUGAGAGAUGGAAGACCAUGUCAGCCAAGGAGAAGGUAAAGUUUGAGGAUUUGGCUAAGAACGACAAAGUCAGGUAUGAGCGAGAGAUGAAAACAUACACCCCUCCUAAAGGUGCUCCUGGCAAGGGCAAGAAGAAGAAGGACCCCAAUGCACCCAAAAGGCCACCUUCCGCUUUCUUUGUGUUCUGCUCUGAUCACCGUCCCAGAAUCAAGGAGGAACAUCCUGGUAUCUCUAUCGGUGACAUUGCCAAGAAGCUUGGCGAGUUUUGGUCUACACAGACAUCCAAAGACAAGAUUCCCUAUGAGGCCAGGGCUGCCAAACUGAAGGAAAAAUAUGAGAAGGAUGUUGCUGCCUACAAAGCCAAGAUUGGCUCAGGAAAGAGUGACGCUGGUAAGAAGAGUGGCCCAGGCAGGCCCACUGCCAAGAAAGCAGAACCCGUUGACGACGACGAUGACGACGACGACGACGAUGACGACGACGACGACGACGAUGAUGAUGAGGACUAAAUGGUUUAUGUUAAAGGUUGUGAAUUUUGCAAUGCAUUGUUCAGCUUAACGUGUUUGUGUGGAUGACUCAAACAGUAUAGCCUGCUAUCCCUGUUGGUCUGCCUCUGUAGGAUACCAGACCUGUAUUCCUUUUCAAGUUCAGGAAUUUAGUUUUUAUUUUGUCACUUAGUCCCCUAAUUUUUUUUUAAGUAGUUUUCUGCUGAGCUUGGGUUUGUUACAUCAUAGAUCCCCGUCAUCUAAACAGGCAGCUAGAUAUUAAUUUCCUGUGAAAAUACAAUGGACUGAAACUUGUGCAAGCAGUGGACGGCAGCAAAUCCCUAAAGUUUUUUUAAAAAUGGUUAUUUUUUUCUGGAAGCACUGCUUAUGUUUUUGUUUAGUGGUGCAGUUUCUUCACUGUCAUUUUACUACCCAAGAGUCAUCUGUAGUUUGAUUAAAAAUGUUUGAAGCCAUUUUUAAUGUGGAACUUUAAAAAAAACUCAUGUAGAACAGAUUUUUUUUUUGUAAUAAAAUUUUGUAUAUUAAAACUGGA